UCCAUCCAUCGAGCCGCUAGCUACUUACUUCACACAGGCAAGUAGUGGAGUUCGAUUCAGAGGUUCAGGCAUGGCGGCUCCGACGAGAGCACUGGUCCUCGCCGUCCUUCUGGCCAUCGCCGUCGCCAACACCGACGCGGCGUCGGUCGUGGUCGGCCUGGCCAGGUGCGCCGACUGCACCAGGAAGAACAUGAAGGCCGAGGAAGCUUUCAAAGGUCUUCAGGUGGCGAUCAAGUGCAAGAACGUCCACGGCGACUACGAGAGCAAGGCAGUCGGUGCCCUCGACGGCACCGGCGCCUUCAGCGUGCCCCUCGCCGCUGACCUCCAUGGCGCCAAUUGCGUCGCGCAGCUCCACAGCGCCACCUCCAACGCGCCGUGCCCCGGCCAGGAGCCAUCCAAGAUCGUCCCGGUGUCCGAGGGCACCAACUACGGAAUUGUUGCAGGCGAAAACACCGCCACGCCGUCCGCAGCGUCACCGGAGUGCGCGUCCAUGACCCUGUGCGGGCCGAUCAAGAAGCACAUCAUCGAGCACUUCCACCACAAAAAGCCCGUGCCACCAAAGCCGGAGCCCAAGCCCCAGCCCCACCCUGACUAUGGCCCUGUGCCCAAGCCGCAGCCCCACCCCGACUACCACCCCGUCCCUCUCACCCCCACCUACGGCGGUGGCGGUGGAUACCACGGACACCACUGACUCCGAUCUGCCACCCUCCCGCCCAGCACUGAAAUCGCCUGGUUUUCGUGUUGUCGGUGAGUGAGUGACCGCUAUCUAUGAUUAUCGCAUCGCAUGAAUGGCUGGUUUGGUUUUCUUCAAUAUCUGGUUCAGUGUGUGUCACUCAAGUGUACGGGUGAUAGGUAUUUCUGUACUGGUGUUUGAAAUAUCAGUGUGAUUUUGUAACCAAAGUUAUUAUAAAUCAAGUAAUAUAAUCAAGUACAAAGUGAUUCAUUUUUUUCUUUC